UUUGUAUGGAUGAUACCGAAUCUCCCUCCCCUCCUUUCCUCAACAGGGUCACGCUCUCCAGCUGUAGAAACGUGCGAUGCACUUUGUCUCUUGAUCCUACCUUCUUGCCAUGUCAGCAACUGAAGGGGACACGUUGAUCCCCCGCAAGUACCAAGAAGAGGUCUUCGUUCAAGCCCAGGAAAGCAAUAUCAUCGCAGCGCUGGAAACUGGUAGCGGCAAGACCUUCAUUAGCAUCCUUCUCAUCCGAUGGAUAGCAACCAAAGAAGCCUCCCAGGGCAAGGCUAUCAUAUUUCUGGUUCCGAACGUUGCACUAGUCGAGCAGCAGGGCAACUUUAUCGCCAAACACACGUCGUUACGCAUCAUAAAGCUACAUGGUUCUCUUAACAUAGAUUUGACUGAUAGGGCAGGAUGGAAGAAGAAAUUUCUGCAGUAUGAUGUCUUUGUGAUGACAGCGCAGAUAUUUCUCAAUCUCAUCACCCAUUCGCUGUGGAGCAUACCCAAGGCCUCUCUGAUUGUUUUCGAUGAAUGCCAUCAUACCCGGAAGAAUCAUCCGUACAACAACAUCAUGCGCGAGUACAAACAUGUCGCUACCUCUGAUCGACCGAAGAUAUUCGGGAUGACAGCCUCUCCCAUUUUGAACCCGCGAGAUGCCAUACGUUCUAUGGAAGCGCUUGAGGCCAACCUGGACGCCAAGAUCGUCGGCAUUCACAUACAUGUGUCCGAGCUUGUGGAAAACUCACCUAAGCCAUCGGAGACUAUACAGAAAUAUCCGCCUCCUCCUCUAAGACCCAGUUGUGCCAUCUCUACACUAUGGGCCUCGUUAACUGUAUUCGAUAUCGUGCAAUAUUCCGACAUCGAGAUUCCUUGGGCAGAAAUUGAGCGACGAUACCACGUAACACUCCACAAUCUAGGUCCAUUCUCGGCGUCUCUCUAUCUUCAUGCAGAGAUGUGGCAUCAAAUCAGGACGCUAAUCAUUCAAAACAGUAGUUUUAUCUCAGAGUCUGCGUCUACGGAGACCGUUGAAGUCGUCAGCGCACCAGCCGCAAAAGAACUUCCUGCUGAGGUAUACUAUAUUGCUGAGAUCCUCCUCGAUUUCCAGUCCUUCUUUAUCCUCGAGUCGAAUCCCACUUGUUCACCCCUACCUAUUCCGCUCGAAUGGUGCACACCAAAGAUCAAGACACUCGUUGACGUAAUCCUGGCACAUCAUUCCUCCACAUUCCAAGGUAUCAUAUUCGUAGAGCAACGACAGACGGCCAUGUGUCUUGCCAAACUUCUUCCUAACAUUUCGCAGCUCAGUGGUCUCGUGCGAUGUGCAGAUUUAGUGGGCCAUGGCGAUAACAGCGAAGGAGUGUCCAAAGAUAUUAUGACGGCUAAUCAAGGAGAGAUCAUCAAGUUGUUCCGGGCCAAGGAAAUAAAUUUACUUAUUGCCACCUCCGUGGCUGAAGAGGGCCUCGAUUUCCCGGCUUGCGAUCUGGUGAUCCGUUUUGACAGGGUCCAGCACCUGGUCGGAUACGUUCAGUCCCGUGGCCGUGCUCGAAACAAAGCCUCAAAUUUUGUUAUCAUGGUCCAAAACGACGAUAUAGCCUAUCUCUCCAAGUACCAGCAGCUAUGCUCUGCAGAGCCAGAGUUAAAAGCCAUCUACCAGGCACGGCGGGAGGAAAAAGAAGUCGAAGCCAUAACAGAGGAAGAAGAAGAAGAGAUGCUUGACCCCCUUGAUCUAGCGGCUCGCGAGCGAUAUGACAUCCCUUCGACAGGCGCAUUCGCCAGCUACGAUAACUCCAUUUCGCUGCUUAACUAUUUUUGCUCCCUCAUUCCGUGCGACAAGUACACCUCUCAGCAUGUCCCUGUCUACACCGGAGAAUUCCAGUCGACCCUUCGUCUCCCUUCAGCCCUUCCGAUUCCUCCUGAAAGCCUUCUCUUCCACGGUCCUGUGAAAUGCUCGAAGAAGGAGGCGAAGCGCGCAGUAGCCUUCCAGGCUGUGAAGCAUUUGCAUGCUCUUGACGUUUUGGAUGAUUACCUACUCCCGGUUUCUAGUAAACAACAAAACGACAAGGAUCUAGAUGGGAGAGAUAUACCCGAUAUUAACGUUCCAGAAAUGUUGGAUGUUCCGAUUCGGGAUCCUUGGACGCUAGGUUCCAAUCUAUGGAUGCAUGUGGUCUAUGUCGACGGGCGACCUGUUGCUGGAUUGAUUACCGGUACAAGACUUCCUGGUGUCGACGUUCAUAGUUAUUCUUCAGUUGCUGAGAUCCGACAGGCCCAGCAAGUAUGCCUGACCUCAUCAGAACGUGCAACCAUAGAUUGCUAUACGAGGCAAGUCAUCUGGCUUCGUAACACAGCCAGAGAGACCAUUCUCCCCCUCAGCCUUUUUCUCGUCCCAAUAACCUCACAUCAUGCACCUGACUUCGAUGCGAUGAUCCGUCUUCUUACUGAUCCUCAAGGGUGUUUUGACUGGGGCAGUGUAGCAGAACAAGACUACAACAAAGUCAUGAUUUUGAAUCGAAAUCAAAAUGGGAGACCAUAUCUCCUCCAUCGUAUUCGCUACGACCUUACUCCCAUGUCAGCUCCCCCUCCAGGUUCACCUGAAGCUACCUCUGCCACCUACUAUGAGUACUUUGUCAACCGUUGGUCCAGGAAGAAGUGGACUGCCGAAGUUCCCACUGAUGGACCCAUGAUCGAAGUCACCAUUCUACCUCGUUCCAGUAUAGGUUCGUAUUUCCUUGAGUUGCAGAUAAACAGGACUCCCCAAGAAUCUCAGUCGGUUCGCCUUCUACCGCUUGGUUGUUGCGGCUGGCUAGAUAUGUCAUACGAUAUGAUCCAGGCUUAUCAAAUCCUUCCCCAUCUCAGCCGUCGUAUCACUGACAUAUAUCGUGCCCGUCAGGCAAGGUUUGAACUCGGACUUCCUCCGAUCUUGGACGACCUCCUAGUUCAAGCCUUGACCAUACCGAGCACUCAAGCCAGCUUCAACAACCAACGUCUUGAAACGCUGGGUGACGCCGUAUUAGAGCUUUGCACCACCGUUCAUCUCUUCAACAAAUAUCCCUACCGACACGAAGGCCAGCUCGACAUCAUGAGAAAGAGCAGUAUUUCAAACCGCUUCCUCAUGAUGAGGGCUUUGGAUGCGGGCUUACAUCAUUUCGUCACCGGGGAGUCUCAUAGCUUAAGGACGUGGAGAUAUGUUUUAGACGAGAGUAAUGACUCCGAUACUGUGCAGCGCCUUGCACAGCGGACGUAUCCUAGAAGGAGUCUUCAGGACUGUAUGGAGGCUACACUGGGAGCGGCAUUUGUUACGGGUGGGAUACCUAUGGCUCUGCGGGCGGGCUUUGCACUCGGGCUCGCCAUGGGAGGGCCCACAUCUUGGCCGGAACGCUAUGGUAUGAAAUCUGAAAGAGUAGUGUCAUCCCUCUUCUCUCAGCUGGAGGAACGACUGGGGUACAGGUUCCGGAAUGGCCGUCUUCUUGUCGAAGCUGUCACUCACCCUUCGUUUGCAUCGGUUGCUGACACUACUUCCUAUCAACGCCUUGAAUUCUUAGGGGACGCGGUGCUUGAUCUCGUUGUGGUGCAUUACCUGUACGCAAAGUUUCCGGAUGCGACCUCUGAGCAACUGGCUCUUCCUCGAGCGAAGGUUGUCUGCUCAGCUGCUUUGGCCUAUCUGGGCGUCAAGCACCUCGAUCUGCACAUGAUCGCACUCAUCAAUAACGUGGACCUAAGCAUGGCCAUGGAAGACUACGUUCCCAUUCUCAAGACGUUAUCAAGUACGGAUAUCGUCACCCAAGGGUACAAGUACGAUCCGCCGAAAGUGAUCAGCGAUAUUUUCGAAAGUAUCAUGGGUUCUGUCCUCAUCGACUCGGGAUACAACUACGAGGUUACUGCUGCAGUGGUGGAAUAUGUUAUGGAGGAUAUUCUGGCCGUCCUUUCUCCGACUGUUCGCCGAGAUCCCGUUACUGAGCUGUAUCAGUGGGUUGCCCGUUCAGGUUGUCGAAACAAGAUCAUCCUCUCACACGAACCAAAGAGAAAACACGUUGGUGUAGUAAUUCACUUGCACGACGAGCACAUCGUUGGCCCAAUCGUGUCCAACAGCCUCAACACCUCGAAAUUUGCUGCCGCUGAGAGGGCUUUGGCGAUCUUGGGAGAUGCCACCAAGGACAAGAGUCUGGAUCGGAUAUGCAACUGUUCCGAGAUAAUGGAUGUUGAUAAAGAAAUUGCAUUAGAAUCCGUGGGUGAAGGUAUAAACUGUCGUUCCAGAGAGAAGACGUAGAAUUCGAAGAUCCCGAAUUCGUCGUCCCGUAAGAAAGGUGUCAGCUUGGAUUAUGAGUAGUUGUGGCUAACAUUGUAAACUAAUGUACUUUGCAACGACUUGUGUAGAAUAUCUUAAGAACCUCAGUCUAUCCAAUGCUCGUCGAUGUCGGAUUCCGAUAUUUUUCGAGCUGCUUAUGUUGG